AUGGAGAAUCCGGAGCAGGAAAUAAGGCAUGUGGUGCGCUCCCUAUGCCAGGGCACGCCCGACGAGCAGCGGCGGACCAUCGACCGGUACUUCACGCCCGACGCCGAGUUCGUGCACCCCUUCUGCAUCGCCCCUCGCUUCAACGAGGGUGACCUCGCCCUGCCCGGCCUGCGCCGCCUCAGCUCCCGCGACGCGCUGCGGGGCAUAUUUCAAUGGUAUAGGAUGUUGUCGCCCAAGAUAAUCAUCGACAUUGAUACGGCUUUACAUGACAAGGAGAGGGACAAGAUGUACCUCGACAUGCGCCAGAUCUUCUCAAUAUGGUUCGCGCCCGCCUACCACGCGCGCGUGCGGCUCGUCACAGUCCUCGACCUCGUGCCCUGCGACCUGGGCGCGCACCGCAACGGCGAGCCGCAGGUCAUCGCCCGACAGGGGGCUGGCGGCGGCGGCGGCGGCGAGAAGGCAUCCCAGUCGGGCUCCGACACAGCCGGGGCCCGCCGCCAGCAGGUCUGGAGGAUAUCGCGCCAGGAGGACCUGUACCAGGUCAACGAGUUCCUCAAGUUCACGGGGCCGUAUUGGUGGUGCGCGUGGCGGCCUUUCUGGUUCUUGUUCCAGCUCGCCGCGACGGCCGUCUCCAUGUUCCUCAGCCUGUUCGUCCCGCUAUCGCCCUGGGCCUUCCAGCGCGAUCCCGCGCCGGGCGGCGUGGAGGGCAGGGUCGAGCAGGUGGAGACGUACCACGACGACGUGAAACCGGACAAGUCGCACUCCAAGGCUGCCUCGCGUGGUGAGCCGGCAUCUGAGGAGGAAGUGGGCGGGGGCGGGGGCGCGUCGGCCGGUAGCACGAACGGGAACAGUCAGGCGGCCAACAGUAGUAGUAAGGCACCGUCCACCCCUCCGCGGAAGCCCUGGAAAGGAGGCAAGAAAGACGGCCGUUAG